CUGGUGGCCAGCUUGGUGUCUGUGUUGCUGCUGGUGUGGAGUGUGAGAGCCACGACGCUGCCCGGGGAAGAGAGACUGCAGAGCAUCAGGGUGAGUACAACAUGCCCUGGGUAGGAGCAGGAUAGAGGCAAGGAAAGGGAGAUAAGGGCAAGUAGGCUGGACCAAAUGCAACUCUUCCAUCCCUCUGUAUUCCAAGGCUUUACAGUUUGAUGUGCUGCAAAGCCCCGGGCUGUUACUAUGGCUUGCUUGCCAGCUGAUUUAGGAAAGGUACCAGGACAGAUGCCAGAGAGCUGGAAUAUGUGAAGCCUGAGCUAAGUGAAAACUGGCACAAAGGAGAUCGGAGGGAAAAGGAGAAAACAUUAUUGAAAGGGUACAGCAUGAGAGAAUAAAGCAAAGUACUAGGGAUCGCAAGAAAAGAUAUAUAAUUGAUAAAAUGAUCAAGGGAGGUGAUAUUUUAAAUAGAAUUUGUGGGAAGGACAAACAUUUAAAAGAUAGGAAAGUGACAGAGAAAUCAUAAAUGAAGAAAUUGCAUCAAAAUAAAAUUGUGUUUUCUGGAGUAGUAUUCACAGGAGGAAUUAUAUUGACAUAGUUCCACUAGGAUAAUUAUGCUCUGAGCCAGCGUAGCUCAAUGCAAUGGCAGAACUUACAGCAGUAUAAUUAUCUUACCAAUUGGCAAAACCCUAAUAUUAUAAUGGCUAGAGCACUCCAAUAACUUUGCUUUCAGUGCUAUUUCCCUAAGAGGCCAAAGGGAUAGGGAAACAAAGCAUAACCUAAUUACAAACCCUGCUUUGCUUGCCCUUGCCCUGCAGUCCUCUCACCUGCAUAUUCCUGAUGUGCCUCUGAGCUCUGGUUAGUGCCACACCUGGCUGGAUCCAUAAGGCUGCUGUUAUUCCAGAGAAGUGAGGGAUGCCAGUGGUGGUUUCACAGGCACUAACUUCUCCUUUGUGCACAUCCACAUUGUUUUUUCGGUCUUAGUGUUGGCUCCACCGGUGUGUUAGUACUUCAGGAGCAGGCUCACAUCCCAUUAAUGACAAAACUGGCUGCAAGACAGAACCAUACACAGUGUGAAGUGUGGACACUCUGUCAGAGAUUAGAGCUCCUGCAGCUGCCUGGGACUAACCAUUCUGGGUAUAACUGGAAAUUUUCAGCUCUACAUCCUUACAAUAACAAGUGCAGUACUUAAAAUGUGAAGUAAUUUCUCUUAAAAUACAAAUUCCUGGUGCAAAUCCUAGCUGCUGGGGAAAAAAGAAACAAGUUAUAGGGGAUAAAUUGAUAAAUAAGUAUUUGGUAAAAAUUAAUUCAAGUGUAAUGGCUCUUAGUCUUUUACACACUUGCUUACAAGAUAUUGGUAUCAUUAAAGAGAGUCAUUAUUAUAGAGCAUUCUGCAAACUGGAAAGCUCAUGGAUGCUGAUGAACCAUGAGCACAAACUGGUUUGCCUAUCUUUUCUUCUGCCAGAGAUAUAGUGUGGAUUUUUUCUGUUCCUUGGUUUCUUUUGUGUGGUAGCAGGAGUAAUUACUAGAGCUAAGAAAGUGAUUAAAAAUAUCCAUAAACUUUCUGUAAGGUGAACUCAAGACAAUUGCUCUGCCUGUAUUCGCCCAUCUUUUGAGUUGCUCACGAGGUGGUCCUUAGCAAAUGCUAAGUACGUGUGGGCAUUUGUGAGGGACGAUGUGGAAACUUGUUUCCAAGAUUCCCAUCUGCAUGGGAAAUAGAUGGUUUGACAGGAACAGAUCCUAUCUCAGCUAGGCCAGUACCAGCUGUCUCUGCUAAUGAGUCACAGAGACCAGGAAUGCUCAGGCAAGAGGAAAUUUCUCAGAUUUGUUGGAUGUAAAAUUAAGAGAAACACAGUAACUCAUAGCUUGUACCUGUGGAAUUCCCUCAAGCUCCAAACCACAGGCUCUGUUCUUCUGUGGGAUGAUUAGGCAAUGGGAUGGAGCUCAAAAGUUCCUUUUCCAUCCCAAUUUCCCCCAAGGUCCAGCUAUGGCAUUACAUAGUACAGCUGCCUGUCUCCAACGAUGCAAGAUUUUGUUUCAGAUAUUUGGGGUGUCCCUCUCCCCAUCAACCCAGCCCUCUCCUUGUUGCACUUCAUUCUCAGCAUUUUACUGUGGGGUAAAAUAAUUUACUAUUGCCUAGAGAAUUGUGCCUCCUCCCUGGCCUUCCCAAGGCAGAGGCCAGAGCAGCAAAGAGGCAGUUUGGCAUACACUGAAAUUUAAUUAGUGCUGCAGUGAGGGCCUUAAAAGCAAUUCAAGCUUAUUUGUUAGCAGCUCUUUUCCAGCUCUAACAUGGCACAUGGAGGCCCAACUGGCUGAGCUGGAUAGGGAUGGGAGACAGCAGUGGCCUCUGCAGCCACAGGUCCCUGAGCUCCAGCACGGCUCUGCCAUCUCUUGGCUCUGAGAUGCGGCAGGGGAAUGAGAAGGGGCCCCGUGGGGAACGGAGUACCGUCCACAAGGACGUCAUUCUGAAGAUGCUGGCAGGGCUGCUGGACGGCGUGGAUGCGGGGAGCGAGGCAGCCUUGCCGGAUGGGGAGGAGGAGGAGGGCAAGCUGCAGGGGGAGCGGGCAGCGCUGGGGCGGCUGGCCCAGCUCCCGCAGCGAGACCGCAAGGCGCCCUGCAAGAAUUUCUUCUGGAAAACCUUCACCUCCUGCUAGUGCUGCCCGGCCUGGCCUUGCCAGCCUGCGAACGCCUUCCCACAACACAUCUUCCUUGUCCACCCAGCUCAUUC